UGUCAAGCGCUGUUUAUGUUGCAUGACCAUCGUAUACAAACAGUGCCAUUGUUAGUCAGGAGUAGCAAGAAGCAGCUUUCUUAAGGAAUUUAUAAAGCUGUCGGAUCGAAAUUGACCAUUUCUGACACUGUUAAAAACUCCCGUGAAUGAUGGACGUCAUGAAUACUGUUGAUUUUCAGACACAGUUAACAUCCAUAAUGGAAAUGCUGGCAAAGACAGCGAUUGUUGAAAUAGGCAAACUUUUCGAGGAGAAUUCGUCUUUUGUGCGAUUAGAGAUAUCACGAUGUACAAAUCAAAUCGAGACUCUGCAACAGAAAUGUAAUUUACUGGAGAGUGAACUUCAAUCAGCGCGAAAAACCGCAUCUGAGAAGAUGAUGAACGGGACAGAUGAUGCAUUCACACAUUCAACACUCACAGAAACUGGACAUCGUCCUGCGAUCAACAAUGUCUUCGGUAAGGAAUGGUGCAUGAAUAUGUGGAGGCACGAGGAGUCAGAUGUUGGUCAGAAGGAGGAGAAACAUGUAGAUUCUUCAGUCAUCACUGGAGAGUCACCAAAUUUCAUGGAUGACGAACUAGGCAUGAUCACGAUUAAGGCGGAAGCAUUUGAGGAUUGCUCUGUGAAAGAUAUAACUGAGGAGCAUCAAAGUAACAGUUUGAGAGAAAUGCAGGUUCAAGUGGAGUACGAGGGGAACCUGAAAUGGGUCCAAAUCCCAAUGAAAAACGACUGCUAUGACUACUACCAGUUCGUUCAAGAAGCUUCUACAAAGUUCAACUUGCCAAAUGGAACUAAUUUGGUCCUGAAAGACUCUGGAGAAGUUGAAGUUGAUUCUGAUAUUUUUGAUGAGUUAGUGAGAUCAUCUAAUCAUCUGUCUUUCAAAGUUUUCAGUGGUGAUAAGUCUGCUGAAAGAGAGUUGACAUUUUCAUCAGUGGAAUCAGAAAGUUCAAGCUCCACAGUAAUUCCGCAGUCUUCAAAGGCACACAGAAGAAAGCUGUUAGAAGCACCUCCUGACAGUAACGGGUCGAGAGAUUUGGUUUAUGCAGCUUUGCGCACAAAACCGGGAGGCUCAAAUAUAUUGAAAGAGUACAACCAAACCAAGAGACUGUCUGACCAAACACGAAGGAAGCUGGUCAACAUACUUGUGGCGGACAUGGUAGAGAGCCAUGGGAGGGUCCCACCAGUUAAUAUGCGCAUAACAUAUGCUCUUGGAAUUGUGACACUUUUCCCCAAUUUGAAGGAUAAGUGCUCACCAACUGGUUACGAACAGUACUAUGAUUCACUCAGUGGCAAAGGUUACCUUGCCUGCAGGUUGAAAACAGUUCAGCGCAACUCAGGAAAUAGCUUGAAGAAGACAUCAAAGUCAGUUUACCAUGAUGGCCCCAAGACUCUGCGUGUGACAUCAUUAACAGCUGAGCAGCUAUCUGACGACAAAUGCAGAGAAGCUAUUUCUGUGAUGAAACAUUCGACAGACCAAGCAAUUGUUAAGGAGAGAAUGAAGGCAACGUUUAAGUAUAGACGGAACAUGAUACAUGAUCCAGACAAGUCUUCACUCAUCCUGGAUUACUUUCCCCGGUUCUUGGAUACUCCAGGCUUGAUUGACCAAGACUUCACAAUACUCUUUGGAGAGGACAUAUCAAGCAAGUUCAUUACAAAAUGGCCAACAUUCUACAAGCCUAGGAUAAUAUCAGACUCUAAAAACCUACGCCCUGGUGCACAUGUGGAUGACCUUCUGUCUGCUCAGCAGGACUCUGAUUAUGGAUGGGACAGUGACGUGGCAGCUAUCCUUUUGCUGAUUCAUCUCUUGCCUCCAACUGUCAAAGGGAGGAAGCCUGGGAAAAUCAGUGUCACUGAAGCUGCUGACCGUGUGGUCAAGUUCAUGAAGGUAGGAAUGAGCAUUGGGACAUUCCUUGACCAAAUUGGAUCAUCACAGCCUUUCCUUCUCUGUGUUGGGGAAAAGAGGAGUAAUAUCCAGAAGUUUUACAUCAUCCUGGACCAGAAGGCCAUCCCCUGCAUGACGCAGACAGCUGUUGCAGCCUUUGAUGAACUCUUUAAAGUGCACUUUGUUUUUGCUGUAUCCUACGAUGAGGCCUUAUGCAACUUCUACACAUUCAUUCAAACAACCGUGUAUGGAAUUGAUGUGGGGACUACCAAGGAAAGUCCAAGGGUCAAGGAAAUCAGAGACCUGCUGCGGCCAGCAAUGACAGAUGUGUUGCCAAGACUUCUGAUGAUUUUAUCACAUACAGGCUACCUUCAGGUGACCAAGUGCAGCUGAACAGACAACUGAGACAAGUUGAAAAAGUAACUCUCGAUGGAAGACCUUCCACAUAUAGAGACAGUACAAGAGAGUUACAUCUCAACACUACCCAUAACCAGACAGUUUCACACGAGAAAAAGUUUGAGUGCGUAUUCUGUGCAAAAGCCUUCAACAAAUUAAGCUAUCUGAAAGUGCACAUGAGGAUACAUUCUGGAGAAAAACCAUAUGUCUGUUCAGUUUGUGGUAAACGAUUUGCCCAGAAAACAUACCUCAGAAUACACCAGCGCACUCACUCUGGUGAGAGGCCAUACACGUGCAUGGAGUGUGGCAAGAGUUUCUCUCAAAAGAGUUCUCUUAAUGUACAUCUCCGAAGCCACACUGGAGAAAAGCCUUAUAAUUGUGUCGAAUGUGGUAAAAGCUAUGCGUACAAAUAUGGUUUUAAUUCUCACCAGUGUUUUAGUUAGACUAAUUCAUACUGAAGUAAAUUAUUACUGGGUUUUAUCUUGUAUUCUGAAACUCAAAAACCAAAGUUCAGUCAUGAACUCUAUGAAAGAUUUUAGCAUGUUAACUCAGGUAUGAUAUAUUGAAAGGAUAUUGGUCUUGGCAAACUAGAUCUGCUACACUACUGCUGCUGCAGAGCAAGAACCGAGCCUUGCUACUGCUAGAACAAACACAGACAUACUGAUUUAAGCAUGUGGACAUGAUGCCAAAUUACUAACAGAUAACAAGCUCAAAGAACCUAUCAGCUUGUGCCACAUAGAGCUUCAUGACUGAACUUUGGACAUUUAAAGGGAUAGUUCACCAAAAAAUUUUAAUUCUCUCAUAAUUUACUCAUCGCAGACGUGUAUGACUUUUGUCUGGAGAACACAAAUUAUGAGUUUUAGAAGAAUAUCUCAGCUCGGUAGUUACAAUGCAGGUGGAUGGGUGCCAAAAUAUUUACGCUCCAAUAAACACAAAAAGGAAACAUAAACGUAAUCCAUAAGACUCCAGUGCUUGAAUCCAUAUAUUCUGAAGUAAUAUGAUGUGGGUGAGAAACAUGUCCUUUUUUUUUUUUUUUUUUUUUUUAAGUUAAAGUGGAGAUUGACUGAGUA